AUUAUCACAAAUACAAACAUAAAAUCGAAACUAGACUUUACCGAUGCAAAAAAAGUCCGCUGAUAGCAUUUAUUAAUUUUCCAUGAAGACAAAAAAUUUUAUUUGCCGAUAAAAAUUUCUCGUCUAGAAUUUCCCACGUCUCCAUAAUUAAAUUUCCGAAUGAUGAUGAUAAAUCUAACGAUAUAUGCAGCUUCUAUCGAUUUAACAUCGCAGCAAUUACCGACGUUCAUUUCUCCGCGCAAAUGUUAUGAGUAUUUCGCGGCUGAACCUCACUCUUCCUAAAAAAAUCCCCCGGUAAUGUGAGAAAAAGCUCAAAGUGCAUUCGUAAUCACGUGAUAAAGGCAUUAAAAUUCUGUCAUCUUUGAUUUUACAUCGAUUAAGUAUGACUUCUAUCAGAAGGGCAAGUGGUAUCAGCCUCGUCUCACGAUUCACCUUGGCCUGGGAAGAGGAACCUGAUUAUGAAGAAAUGACCGAUGAGAGUCUACUAGAGUCUCUGGAAACAGCAAUUCGCACCAACAAACUUCUCGCUUUGGAGAAUAUGGUUUUUGAACGAUAUUUACGGCGACACGAACCACAGGCAUUAGUCACAAUGGCACACGUUCUGGAAACAGCAAAACAAGUCCAGAGAUCCGCAUCCCUGAUAGCUCCCCUGAUCUCAAUCCAAAAUUUCCCAGGAAGUGCUCGUGGCUCCACAUGGAUGCGAGAUAAAAUUUCAAUGUCACCCAGUACAGGUGGGAGCAUACAGACGUUCACCGGAAGUCGGCGUUACGGAUCUGCUUUGAUACCCCAAUCGAAGAAGCUCAGGAUAACUUUGAAUUAUCGGAUUGAAAUGACGAAUAAGGAGGUCGAGGAGAUGAGGAAACACCUGGUGAACCUCGAGCAGCAGACGAUCCGGAAGAAGGCUACCCUCAGGGCUCAGGGGGAGGAGAUUCAGCUAAGGAUCAGGGACAUUCAGGAGGCGAAGAACGAAUUAGAGGAGAGUGUUAUCUCGGGGGGAAUCGAUCCUGUCAGUGGAAAAAUUCCGCCUGAUAGGCUUAUCAAGUUCAUGGAAGACUGGAUAAAAUCUUCGGACAGAAUGGCUGAAAAACUGCGGCUAAAAACCCUCUCCCUAAAGCAACAAAUAAAAAAAUCCAAGAUCCAACUGCAACAGAGAAAAGAACUGGGCGAAACGCUGCAGCCGGUUGACUUUGAAGUCCUCGCGAUCGAGAAUCAUGAUUAUAUGAAAAAAAUUGAGGAAAAAAAUGUGGACCUGGCUGAGUUGAAGAGAGUGACCGGUCGAUACAACCUUCAAUUGAACAGCAAAAAAAAUAACCUGUAUGAACAACGAAAAAUUUUGAAAAAUGUGCAGAGAGAGAUUGAGUUAAAGGAGAAGCAGAUUGAGAAGCUCAAGGUUGAGGGUCAGAAUAUAAAACAGGAAGUCGAGAGAACUGAUAAGGAGAUGGAGGACAUUAUGAAAUUGACAGAAAAACGACAGAUGCCAAAUAUUUUGGACUUCAUAAAAAUGCAAGCAGAGCUCCAAGAGAUGAAAAAAAUCUACACACGUCUUGAGAAACGCAAAAAAAUCCAGAUGAUCCAGAAAUCUAGAAAUUUUCAAUUGUCUUCGUCAGGUGGACUUCUUCACGCGGGAGUUGGUGUUCUCUAAUGUACGACUAGGAGUGGACGCAAUUAUCUCACCAGUAAUUGCCACGCUAUCCUGACCGUCACAGAUUGCACCACAGGAUAAUUGUUGUUACCGGUGUUGUCUUUGCUGAAGGAAGCAAAACGGAAAACGCCUAUUGCGGUGUCUCAUUCAAUGAUACACCUAGCAAAAUUAAAAAAUAAACUUGAGGAUAUCCGAGA